GUUUGGAGGCCAACGCAAGCUUCUGUGGAACUGCCUUUCUUGUAGCGGAUGAGCGUCACUGUGACCUGUGUGACGUCACACCAAACCUACACAAGCCGCAUAAUUUAUGCGGCCAUUCACAACAUGCUAGCUAGCUCUGGUUCUAUUGGAUUUCUAGCAGACAAGAUGGCUGACAAAAUGGACUAACGAAGGAUUCUGUUCUAGAGGGAUUAUUGUCGUUUCAACAUCCAGGAUGUUGAAAGUGUACAGGCCGAUAUGUCCUGACACAUUCAGGCUCGCACACGACAUAAGCCCAGAUAUAUUGGGGGAUGACGACUGUGAUACAGAUUUCAAGAUUAAAGAGUUCAUCUCGGAAACCUAUGGCUGCUGGUAUGGGAAAGACAACUCUAGGAUCUUGGAUAAUGACACAGCCAAGGAUAGCACCACAGAAAAAGACAGUACUGCAGAAAAGAAUGCCAAAAACUUGUUACAUAUAAAAGGUCAGACACCAGAUUAUAUAAAUCCUUUACCAACUAGGAUUGAAGAUGUAGAGGAAUUAACUUCAAAAGAACUGUCUCCUAAGAAGACAUUGUCACCACAAACUGCUGCAGUAAUUCAAGAUGAUUACGAGGAGGACACUGUGCCCAGCUGUAUUAGCUAUACCUCAGACGUAAAUAUAUAUUCAUCAAACGAGUCUAACAGGAAACUCUCAGAUUCGGAAGGCACUCCAGCUCCUGAAGCACAAAAUGGUAGAUGGCCGGCUAGACGGCCGCGGAAACUUCCAGAGAUACCUAAGAAACAUCGGGGAGGCUAUGAACCCCAGCCGGCGGAGAUGGUGCGCUCUCUGGCUGACGAGCUGAAGGAAGCUAUAGAGAAGGAGGAAAAUGAUGAUGUGUUUACAACAGCCAGGAAGCCUCGGGACAAUAUUCUGGAGAAAUACCUUUAUUUUAGUGCUGUGUCUAGGAAUACCAGAACUUACACUGACUCAGAUAAUCAACUAAUUAUUGAGGAUUCCUCGUGCAAGCGGCGGAAGUCUCCGCUCUCCUCCAGUGGGCGAGGCAGGAAGAACAGUUCCGAUGAAGAUGGAUCGAAGCGAGAUUCCACAUCUUCCACCAGUUUUGUUUCGACGUCUGUAUUUCAAGAAUUGGAGGUGACACAUCGAGGGAUGCAUCGCUUCAUUCCCCGCCAUGCUGAUGAAAUCACGAUAGAAAUCGGCGACCCAAUACACGUCAUAAAGGAGUCGGACGACUUGUGGUGUGAAGGUGUGAACCUGCGGACAGGUCAGAAGGGCAUCUUCCCCGCAAUGUAUGCCACAGACCUAACAUUCCUAGAGGAGGAAUCAGAUGAGGAGGAUUACUUGAAAUUCACAAUCCGCUUCCUGGGGUCAGUAGAGGUCAACUACCACAAGGGAGACGAGGUUCUCAGCCAGGCGAUCAACAAGGUUGCGAUAGCACGCCGUACAACGAUGAGUUCAGCUCCGCCGCCAAUGUGCACGAUGGAGGUCAGCCAGUAUGGGAUCCGCAUGAUAGACAAGAGCAAGGAGGGACAUGAAAGUGAUGCAUUCUCCCACUUUUUCGCAUUGAAAAAUAUUUCCUAUUGUGGUACACAUCCAAGAAAUAACAAGUAUUUUGCAUUUAUUACGAAGCAUCCCAAAGAUUCGCGCUAUGCUUGCCAUGUGUUUCUAGGAGAGAGGACAACCCACUCUAUAACCGAUGCAUUAAGCAAAUCCUUCAAGAGAUUCUACCAGGAAUACAUGGCCUUCUCCCAUCCCACAGAGGACAUCUACCUGGAAUGACUAACCGACGAAGGGGACUACCCCACACCAGAGUAGACUGAUCCAACAACAAAGACAGGAAGAUUCCAUUUAGAAUGUAUGGGUUAUAUAACCACCAUCUUACUUCAUUAAGUAAAUGUAGCGUUCAAUCAAAAUCUGAUCAGUUGAAGAUAACACUAUCAUCUCUCGAUUCUGAUUUUUAAAAUUUGAAAAUGUAAGUCAUGCCAAAAUUGAUCAUUUCCAUCAAUGAAUACAUCACUAAGCUGCUCAAAGGGUGUUUAGCCGAAUUGUUGAGAGUCUCAGUUUCAUCAAUAGAUUGUAGAUUCUGGCUGUCUUGACACUCUGGACAUUUCUCCUGAUGUAGAAGUUAUUUGAGAAAUGUGUGUUGUAUAUUUGUAUCAUAUGUUGCGUAAGUAGUCUAUCAAUUGAAUGAUCCUUCUCCAACAGGCUUCCCGAUGUUUAGUGUUUAGCAAUUUGAUCCUGAUUAUGUACAGCAUGUUAUACUAAUGUUUCCUCACUCAUUUCAUUGGUGCACUAUUGGUAAACCAUGAAGGAAAAUGGUUUCAAAUUGUCACAGGAAAUAACAAGGAAGAUAUAUGUUAGGGUCGAUGUCUGCACAGGUACUACAGAAAUUUAGCCCAGGUACCUUUCUGUAUUUGCAAAUGCACCAAGGGUACCCUAGCUUGGCAAGACCCAUGGCACUGGGAUCAGUAAAGUCAGUUUCCUGUGCAAUAUGACAUGAGUAACAGUUCAUAUUCCCCUACCAGAAAGAAUGAGAAUAUUAUGAUCUGGCCAUGGAUUUGUUGAAGCAGUAAGUAAAUUCUGAAGCACUGCCAUGAUUGAAUGUUUACCAGAAGUUUAGACUACGCAAAUCUGGAAAGGAACUGUGUAUUGUAAAAAUGGAAUUGCCCUGACCUCAACACCUGUAAUAUUGCCAUGCUGGGGUCCUCUGCUAUUGGUACACAAUACAUUUUUUUUUGUAUCGAUACAAGACGAUACACUUACUGAAAUAAAUUACUUACUACUAGUUUUAAUGACCCCUGGUGUUUUUGUCAGUCAGAUAAUGCGAAAUGUGUUGUAAUUAGAUUUUCAAGUUCACUACUAAAAAUAGCAGCUACGAACAUGUGUCUUCAGCUAGCUUUAUCUUUUGAACCUGCUCUCAAAUAUUUAUUGUCAAGAAGUUUCCAUGCGUUUUUACGUAAAUAUGCGUAUCAUGAUAAGUAUCUUAUCGUGACCUAUGUAUUGUGAUGCGUAUCAUAUCAUAACCUAUGUAUUGUGAUAUGUAUCGUAUCGUGACCUAGCAGUAUUGUUUCACCCCUGGCUGAUGGUACCUGUGGUGACCCGGACCUAUCAUUGGCUGUGAGAGUGUCAUCAAGUAUCAAUGUUUUAUGACUUCAACUACAAACUUUCAACUACCAACAUAAUCUGAUGACAACAUGUAUGAACUACUAGUAUUUCGUAUUUUCUUCACAAUACCUGUUUGAAUCACAUCAUUCUGCGAUUGCUGUUUUUAUGGGCACAAUGUUCUUCAUGAUUCACAUUGUAUUGAUUUUCAUCUGUGAUGAUUUUGCUAAUCACCCUGUGACAUGUUCAGUAUUCUCAUCCUCAUAAUGUGGCGUGAUUUUUAUUUUCAAAAAUUAAUAUUUUACAAACGAAAUUGUUUGAAUUACUAAUGUGAUUAUUUCAUCAUAAAAGUAAUGACAAACUAAAUAACUUUUUUCGCAUAUUGAUUGACUUUGACAAUGUGGCAAAUAUUACAUGUUGGGCCAGUAUGAAUCAAUCAUUAUAUUAUCAGCCCCUUGCUAACACCUCUCCUCACCUUUCGGUGGUGGGGUAGCCAUGUGUUUAAAGCAUUAACUCAUCGCCUUGAGCUGGGUUUCAUUUUCAUAGGUACUGGUACAAUGAUAAAGCCCAUUCUGUUCUCCUACAUACUGUAAUAUUGCAUAAAACAAUACACCUCACCUUACUCACCUUAUUUGUUAUUCGGUUGGGACAAACUCAAGUCAGUGUGCCAAAAUGACCAAUUUGGUCUUCAUGUUCUUUUUUUGAAACAAAUCCCAAAUCAAAUCUCUCCUACUGCACUUAAAAAACAGGGGUGAUAAUGUAAUAAUUAAUUGACAUCGGCCUGAUGUAAAGUGUGCCAUGAUACAGUGGCAUGGUGGUGUGGUAUCGUACAACAACGCUCAGUAUCAGAUAUGAUACAAAGUACAAUUAUGUUGAGUAAUACACCCCAAACUACAGCACCAACCAUGUAUGUCCCAGGCUUGUCACUGAUAUACCCUUUGGCUAUUGAGCAAUAAGUACCACACCCCCAGUGUCAUGACACUAGUGUGUAUGUAUCAGUGCUGAGAUGCUGUGUGAGGCCGCUGUCGGAGCAGUGAGUACCACACCCCCAGUGUCAUGACACUAGUGUGUAUGUAUCAGUGAUGAGACGCUGUGUGAGGCGGCUGUCAGCACUGACAGUGUUUAUGGUUGUACAGUCUAUGUUAAAUGUUAUGAAAGAAUGAAACUUGAUGGAUGUGUGAAUUAUUUAUAGACCUACCGCUAUGAGGACAUAUUGAUUAGAAAGACUUAGGAAUCAUCUUGAAGAAAACAAUUCAAAUCAAGAUGUAGGCAGAAUCCAUUUGGUUAUGAUUUAGUGAGGAACACCAUCUUUCUUCUCAGUAAAAAGACUUUGAAUAUUUCAUAUAUAUAUAUCUAUUUCCUCUUUCUGUUAAUCUUUAUGUUCAAAUAUUUAAUCUCCUUCAAUCAGUGUUUUAUAGUCGUGUUUCUUGCAUGUAAAAAAAGUGACAAUGUAAUUGAUUUUCAAUUUCAUGACUUAUUGCUGAAUCAGCGGUUAUUAUAGCUCUGCCAUUGACUUGUCUUCUGUUGCAACUUUGUCAAGCACACCAACACAUUUCGACAAACUAUACUUUAUCUGAAAUAUAUCAGAGGUGUAAGAAAAAUGUAUUAUAUUCCAUUGAUGCCAAUGGUAAAAGACAAUAUUGUCAUUACCAUACACAGUAAUGUCAAUGGUCGGGUAUAAAUAGGUCAUAUUUCAGUGAUAGUUAAGGGUCAAGGUCAGGUGACCAUUACGGUCCUAAAUACGACCUAAUAAGUAAUUCAGUCUACAAAAGAUCCAUCGAAACCCUAUUGUCCUGAACUCCAUAAAUGCAAUGAAGACAGUGUUACCUCUUGGUCGAACCAUUAUCAGUUCUAUGACGCACCAUUUGUCUUGAAUGGUAUGGAUAUCUUUAUAUAUUUCUAUGGUCCUAGGACUUUGAGUUUCACUGAAUUCAACUGCUUUAAAAUCGCCUCUUUUACUUUGAAUUAAUACCUCUCCUUAUGUAGGUGACUGACAUACCCUCCACAGUGAGUUGUAUCAGCCAAUCAGCAUUAAGGCUUCUAAGCAAUGCAUUCAUUUCAACAUAUCCGAUUUCAGUAUCUGGAAAAUGAACUUAGAUGGAAGUUCUGAAUGGAAAAUAAUGACAACUGUGCUAUAUAUAUUGUGUAUAUUAUAUGCACCUUGUUGAGAUCAGAAUUUCCAAAUGGAGGUGAUAAAGAAAUGAAAUUGUUUUAAAAAACUGACAUGCAUCCUUCAGUCAAAGUUCACCUGACAUGAGUUUGCCAGAUCUUCGUGCAGAGAGGGGCGGGGGUGGGCACAGGUGGCCCAGUCACCUAGGGUGCCAAUAUUACGCUGUAUAGAGUUGCGUCCCUUAGGAACACCAGAAACCUAUAAAUCAUGAUUUUGAAUCCAGGUUCACCCCUACUAUGUCAGGUCUGACAGCACCAUGCCCAUGCUUGUGGGUUUCACCAAAGUGUUAAACAUGUCUGAGACAUGCAUCACUUCAGUCUUGCCAACCACAUUAAGCUGACACGCCAUGAUGUAACUGGAAGACUGUUCAGACAGAGUUAAACCCAGCUCACUCAUUCAUGCAGAGAGGUAUCAAGUUGGAGUAUGAGAUGUUAUUUGAAUGAAAUUGCACUGAAUUUGUACUUUUGGGCCCUGUGUUACCUCACUUAUGUUCUGUGCCCCGUGUUUGUUUUGUGAAGUACCUGGAUACCUUGCUGCAUUAUGGAAAAGGGUAGCACACAUGCAAUUUCCUCCUAGCUGGGUUCCAUUUCAUAUUGGUGCUUUCUUGUUAUGAAGCAUGUACAUGCACAUGCUGAUACAGGUUUUGUGGUAUAAACGUACGAAAUAUGUAUUUACGAAAAAGGUCUAAUGGUGAAGGUUAUUUUUUUCAAAAUUGUCAAAGAUUUGAAGAGUUAUGUUAAAUGAGGAAACACUAAAUGACAAUUUUGUUAUUUCAAUUAUUUUCUUCUGUGGUCUAAUACUUAAGGAUAAAAAGAGUUCAUUCUUCAACAGUGAAUUUUUUAAUGUUAGUGUAGACUAUCUCUUUUUUAGUGGGUGUUUUUCCGAUUUCAAGCAGAAAACAGUUGCUGCCAUACUGGCAUAUUUUACUGAUAUUAUUGUUGGGGAAUGAAGACUAUUUUCCUAAAACUAUUUAUCAAACUGAAAAACCAAGAACAAGGACUUGAAGCUGUGAGGGAUAACAUUGAUGCUUUCAUCCCAGCAUCCUUAGAUAUUGUAUCAUGCCAUGCUGUUCUCAUGAACAAGCUUGUUUAACUGUCUUUUAUUUAUAUUUCAUCACUGUCAUUGGUGGUUAGGUUUGUUCCCUUGAUCAAUGUAUUGAUCCCAGUGCUGGUGCUAGGAUCUGGCCAUGGUGUUCAUUUAAGGUUGAUGGGGAUGUUUAACAUAAAUGUUGCAUGGAAACUUGUUAUUCCAUACCUUAUUUCCAUGGAAACCUAACUGUCCUGGUUAAUAUUAAUGGCUUAUUCUAUGUUCAUGUUUUAGUAUUCUUGAAACCCUUUAGGCUUCAAUGUGGUUUUUUCUAGAGUUUCAAUAAAAAAUUUUUUAAAAUUGAUAAACUUUUUUUUUUUAAGUUACCUUGUUUAUUUGAAAGUGUCUUUCCAGGAUGAGCCAUUUUGCCAGUUACCAUGGUUACAUGGUAUGGCUGCAAUGAAAGGCCUUUAUGGCUGAAAGGUUUGACAGGGGCUUCUCAAAUGAGCCUAACAGGCAUAAAAAGUUUCAUAUUUUUUUUUAUCAUAGCCUUAUUUGGACAGUUUAGAUGGCAAUCGAUUUGUCCGAGUAAUAGGUUGUAUCUAUUUGAUAAUAUUGGAUGAUUUAUGGAUGUUUGAAGACUGAUGAUGAUGAUGAUGAUGAUGAUGAUGAUGAUGAAAGACAGAUGUUUCACAGUAUGGAUGUUAAGAUGGAUGGAGUUCUAAUGUUCAACUAUGAGAUUUUAAAUCAUUCAUUGUUGAUAAAGACAAGGUAUUGCUAUGAACCGAUUCCUGGUUUUGCACUUAAAUAUCAUGAUGUAUGUCUAAUGUUUAGAUCAUGUUUGAUUUGGAUAUUAGACGCUGAUAUCUUGACAGGAACAAAAUCAGAUGACCUAUUAACCUUAUAUAUUGACUUCAUGUUACACACUGUAUAAACUGGUACUAUUGAGUUUGUACUGGUACUAUUGAGUUUGUAUUGUUUAACCAAUCAUUACCUGCGCCAUGGAAGCUUGGCAGGUUUCUUCUUGAUUUCGGUUGAGAAACUCAGGCCAGUCCAAGUGGUUCCAUAUAUUUCGGAAGAGCUUGCUCUAACCUUUGCCCCAUGUUAUCAGAACAAAUUAUUUUAUUUCUGUUAAAGAAUACCAUUGUAACAAAGAUAUAUUAUGAUAUUUUAUGGUUAUUAAUUAUGUCAAAUUUUAGUUUACUGAAACACUUUGAAAACACAUAUACAAUGUUUUGAAAUAUUUGGCAAAAUGGCCCCAAAAUAUCAAAUUAAGUUGCUCUGGGUAUUUCGGCAUGAGAUAAUCAAACACAAAAAUGUCGUCAUAUGGGUUCGAAUCUCAUUCGAUGUGUUUGGAGAUGGAAUUGGGCACGAGAACACAUCUGUUUUCAAAGUGUUUCCGUGUGUACAUGUAUAUAUUGUGAUCAGUUAGUCCUGGCAUAAAUAUUCAUCUCCUGCACCUUUGCUUAGAAAUUUGGUUAAACGAGAAAUUAAAACAGGACCAUUUGGUCUGGCCUUUAGAAGACAUGAAUGAGCCAUCUAGAUCUGUAUUUACUCAAUUUGGAUCACUUGUAUUUAGAGGUGUAUCAUAUUCAGCUUCUUGUAUAGCUCUGUUCAGGCCUCGGCCGGUUGUUUGUCAUCUUCAUGUUGGAAUCAUAUGAUACUCAUGCUGUGUUACAUUCCAUCAGAUGUACAUUGUUAAUGUCAUGUGUCGUGUGUCACAUGUCAUGCAAUUACUACAAACAUACACUCGGUCAUCAUAUUACACAUGAACAGAUUACAUCGUGAAUAUGUAGCAUAUUCUAGUAAUAAAUCAAAAGAAAUAUGAUAGAGAAACGUGCAUGUAUAUUUAAAUUUAUUCCUUAAAACAUAUCUAUGUGAAUGUAACUUUUGUACAAAGGGAGAUAACUCUGAAUGGGAUGUAAGGGAGAUAACUAAUGAUUCUUGUAAUGGGAGAAUCCUUUACUGGUAAAUAACUACACAUUUGUGACAAACUGUAUUUUAAGCUUACUUUAAAUGUGAAAAAUGAAUUUUAUGUUUUAUUUUGCAUACUGUGUUAUACUUGUUUAAUGGUAAAAUAACAUCAAGGUAUUUACCAUUUGUCAGAGUGAAAAGUACACUGCCUGAAGUGUCUUGCUUGGCUAGAGCUUAAAAUGUCUUUUCUAAACAUGUUUCUGCUACACUUUCUUGUGGUUUAAGUUAAUAAAAAUACCCAAAAUCAAGACAAGAUUCAUGUUGCAAUUUGCAGAAAAAAAUGAACAUUAGUAAAUGAUGUCUUGUUAAAUAAACUACUUUUCAUGUAAAGAAGUGAACGUUUUGAAAGGAACCCAUAAACCGCUAAAUAUUAUGGUGUUGCCAAACACAGUUUGAUGAUAUUCUGAUGAAGAACAUGAAAAGAACGUCAUGUUAGGGCAUGGCAAGAGGUAUUUUGCAAGAGCUGAAUAUCCAAGAUUUUGACAGUUGCACUGAAGAAAAACUCUUUGUGCCAUCAGUGUUCUUAGCUUUUUCCCUCUCCCAACAAGACAGCUUCAUGUUGUAGAGAGAGGAUGAAUUGUGAUAAAACUACACCCUGGCAAGUGCUGGCUUGGUAGUAUUAUGUAUAUAAAUAUCCGCAAUGUUGCAUCUGUGAUCUUCCUGGCUCUCUGUCAUAGAGGCAAUAGUGUACAGCCAGAAUACACAAGGCUGCCGUCUGCUCAUAUGCAGGUUACAGCGUCAUCAGAAGCUGAUGAUACAAUAUGCUUGAUCAGAGCUGAAGAGUAAUACUGUAAGGCCCCAAAUAUGAUUCUGUAACAUCAUCUUCUGACAGCACUGUGAAGGUAGGGCAUGUAGUCUUGAGAUAGAUUUAUGCUUUGAAGUAUUCAGAUGUUAGAGGUAUCUCCCGAAAAUAUAUAACAGAUGUUGAUUUGCCACAUUUGAAUUAAAGCUGAAAAAAUCAGAUUAUGACACAUUUAUAAACUCAAUAUGGAACUCAAAGUUGAAAAGUCAACAUUGAAACAUUUUAUAUUCCAAACAGUGUUAGUCCUCACAAGACAUGCCCUGCCUCAUGCAUAUGCAUGAGGUGUCACGAGACCGUAUUGUAUAUAAAUCCUUGUUUUCAUUGGCUGCUGCUUACUGUUUGUUGAUGUAUGUGUUACAGCACAGUUGGUUCUUUGUUAGUGCUCUAUGGUAUAUCAGCUUAAUCUCCACGCCUCGUGUCCCUGUGUUGUUAUCAUUCCUAACCACAGGCCUAUCAUCAAGCAUCACAUGUACGGCUUGUUACAACCUCAACCUCUGUCCAGUCUGCAGGGCUGGUAAUAAGUUAUUGUGGAUCACUGGAUUGUCAUAUUACCUAUUUGACUCAUAGCCUUGACCUUCAUACCAUAUGGUGUCAUGGCCUUGACCUUCAUUCCAUUUGGUGUCAUGGCUUUGGUCUUCAUUUCAUAUGGUGUCAUGGCCUUGACCUUCAUAACAUAUGGUGUCAUGGCCUUGACCUUCAUUCCAUAUGGUGUCAUGGCCUUGACCUUCAUUCCAUAUGGUGUCAUGAUGAUGGUAAUCAUGCAGUAAGAUUUUUAGUAGGUCAUUCAACAACUUUGUGCUUAUGUGUUUUUGUAUGCAGUACUUAUAUAUCAUUCUGCUGAAAAUAUGUUUGUAAUACAGUUAUAUAAUACAUUAAUUUCAGACUUAAGGGAUUUCGCCUUAAGAAAAUGAGUACAACCAUGUUUCGUUUGGUAGUGUUGUUCAAUAUUAUACAUAAUUGAAUCAUUAAUUAUACCCAGAUUUGAAAUUUUUGCUAAGGUUACUUAUUUAAGCUGUUUUAAUGUACUUAGUGUACCAUGCUAUUUACAUUUGCUCAGUCUUUGACAUAUGCUGAAGCCACAAUUAAUUACAUUCCUGAAUUGUUGACAUUUCAUAGUCUAUCCACUGCUGUCUGACAAGACACACUAAUUUGAUGUCUCUGCAUUCAAUGGUGAAAGCAAAGGAAUGUGAAUGUGUACACUUAAAAGUUUGGGAAUUGGGAGCUUAAACAUAAGAAAUCUCACAAAUGAUCUAGCUGGCAGUCGGGUUUGAGGAAUAUUUUUGUUCAGAAAAAUACAUUGUAAAGGAAAAAAAUUCAUUUCAGGAUGAAUUUGUCAUUUCAUGAUUUUAGCAAACAAAUCCAAGACUGAUAGACCUAUGUGUAGUGGCCGAUGACUAUGUUGUUACUGAGAAGGUGUUUGAGGAGAUGUGGAAUAUGUUGUGAGGAGCCAGUAUUUCCAGCAGGAUGAGGUAGUAGCAAGCUGACCUGUUUGUGGCCAUCAAGUCAUGUACAUAAUGGUAAGCAUCAUGUUGAAUAAAGCAUCCAAACUUAA